AUGGGACAUGCUAUACGAGCGUGCAUUUAUGCCGCAUUAAGUUGGCGAAAGAAGCUCAACGUGAUGUCAAUCACCCCCUUCACCACUUCCUGGCCACGCAGAGCAGAAAUGUCAGCAGAAUCGGUGCAAAUCGUGGUCAAACCACCUGAGGCGCCACCUUUAUACUUCCGCUCGACGCCAUGGUCUCUGAGCCGUGCCUGUGGCCAUCCCCUUUCCUAG